AAAGCGAUAACGAAUUACCGCCAUUUUGGAAUAUUUGCCAAAGAAAAAUUGUCGUAUUAUUACGACAACUAAGAAAGAAUUAAGAAAGAAGAAAAAUAAUAGAAAGCUAUCUUCUAUUGGCUGACUUCUUAAACGUCGAAAGUGCUCAUAAAAUCAAGUUGGCUCCGUUUGUUGUAGCUUGAUCUUGAUGAAUUCGUUUGAAGUCUUCGUUGUGUUAUUUGGAGUCACCUUUGGUCGAAAACCGAGACAUCACUGGCCUAGUAGUAUAUCAUAUCGAUUAGACUGYUGUUAAACGUCAAUCAGGAGUUGCAAAGUACAUUUAAUAACACUUUGCUGCSCUAGAAACAGGUCCGAAGAUAAAACUUUCUGUUAUUUAGACUUCUGUUUCAACUCCCCGCGUCGUUUGAUUUCUGACAAUCAACAUGAAACUUCUGGAAAACGCUCGUUUGGAUACUGUUAGUGCGGCUGUCUCCACGAAUACUGGUGACAUAGUAAUCGAAGGAAGGAUUGAGAGCUAUUCUUGCAAAAUGGCUGGAAAUGAUAAAAAAUUAUACAAGACACUAAAUGAGGGCAAUGCACCAAGCGAUCUACAAGCUCUCUCACCACCACAGUCUGCACAGCCAGUGGGUUCUUCUCCAACAAACCCAUUUCAUUUUGCAUCCAGGAAAAGGACCAUCAGCACCACAAGCCAGGAAGAGGGAGGGACACUGUGUGAUACUAUUAGUAGGAAGACACUGUUUCAUCUCAUCUCAACAUUGAAUGCAUCAUUUCAACCUGACUAUGACUUCAGCAAUGCCAAGUCUCAUGAGUUUAGCCGUGAACCAAGUCUGCAAGUUGUGAUGGACACAAUCAAUGCUAAUCUAGCAGCCAAUAUGGGAGACUCCUUCAUGGGCUUAAAAACUGCAUUAUGGUCUGCUAUGGACGAUGAAAUACAGCUGAAUGACUGUGAUAUCUACAGUUACAACCCUGAUUUGGACUCUGAUCCAUAUGGAGAGGAAGGCAGUUUAUGGUCAUUCAAUUACUUCUUUUACAACAAGAAAAUGAAAAGGAUCAUCUUCUUUACUUGUAAAGCAUCAAGUCCAAGUAUCCUGACAAUGUCAGAUGAAGAUGACGAACAAUUUGAGAUGGAUUUUACAGACACUACCAUGGAUGAUGUGUCUAGGAACCCAAUGGUUAUGUCUCCUUAGGUAAAAGUGUGAAUCAAGAAGUAGCUUACAGACUGUGUAAAAGAUAAUUUAUCAUUUUAGUGCUAGUUUAACUAUUGCUUUCUAAGGUAUUCUAAAAGAAUAACAYAAUCACAUUUUAGGAGUUAUUUUAUUUUGAUAGCAAUGAAGUUGAGCCAUUGUACUCAAAGUUUUUAAAAUUGUUUAUAGUAAAGGAUAUUGAUUUUCUAUAUUUUAAUCCAUUUUUAGCAUCCUUGCAUUGUUUCUUCAUGAAAUAUUUCAAAUGUAAAUAAAAAAUAAAUAAAUAUUACCCUUAGUCAUUGUAAAAUGCAGUACUGACUUUAAAUUGGYUGACACUGCACUCAAACUGGAACUAUGAAGCCAUUGUAUUAAAGAACAGACAGUGAAAUAGUUUGCCAAUACAAUUUCUGUUCUCAAUAUUACAUAAAACACUGUCUGGACGUUAUAUACAACUAAUAAAAUAUAAAAAUGAA